GAAGACAGUCUCGGACCCUCAUUGAUUUACGUAGUUGUUAAAGAAACAAAACAGUUUUUGUUUUUUUUGUUUUUUUUACUUUUUAGAGUGCUUGUUUUCACCCGAAAGGGGCGUGGUCGUUCUGAAGACAGGGGCGUGUCAUAUGCUGCUCUUAUAAAUUGAGGAAGUAAAGCGCCAUGUGAGUGUCUUGUGAUUAUCAUUGUUUUUUGGGGGAAAAAUGUGGUUGUUUGUGGCGUUUCUGGGCGCUUUGAGUGCGUCUGGCUCAUCAGCAGUGUGCCCGUGUGAGCAGGAGGAACUCUGUCAGCCUGUCCAGCAUCAACAUGAGUUUGAAGUAUUUGUAUUUGAUGUUGGGGGUAAAGCAUGGAAAUUUUAUGACUGGUCCCAUGUGACGACAAUUGCUACUUUUGGGAAAUAUGAUGCUGAACUAAUGUGCUAUGCUCAUUCUAAAGGGGCAAGACUCGUUUUGAAAGGUGAUGUGCCCCUCUCGGAUAUUGUGGAUGCUGCCAAUAGGACCGCUUGGAUCACAGAGAAGGUCAAUUUGGCUAAAAGCCAGUUCAUGGAUGGCAUAAACCUUGACAUUGAACAGUCUGUGGAGGAGUUAUCCCCUGAGUAUUAUGCACUGACAGCCCUGGUUAGGGAGACUACAGAAAUGUUCCAUAGAGAAAUUCCAGGCUCUCAGGUAUCAUUUGAUGUGGCUUGGUCACCAAAGUGCAUUGAUGGGCGCUGCUAUGACUACAAAGCCAUUGCAGAUUCUUGUGACUUGGUUUUCGUCAUGUCUUAUGAUGAACAAAGUCAGGUCUGGGGAGACUGUAUUGCAAUGGCAAACGCACCUGUAAAUCAAACACUGGCAGCAUAUGAUCAGUACAUUGGGAUGAAUAUAGAAUCAAAAAAAUUGGUGAUGGGAGUUCCAUGGUAUGGUUAUGACUACCCGUGUCUGAACUUAUCUCAGGAGGGUGUUUGUACAAUUCUUAAAGUGUCUUUUAGAGGAGCUCCUUGCAGUGAUGCAGCUGGAAAGCAAAUCCCUUACAGAACUAUAAUGAAACAGAUCAAUAGCUCCAUGUCUGGGAGGCUCUGGGAUGAAAUCCAACUAGCUCCCUAUUAUAAUUACAAGGAUGGUGAGGGGAACAUCCAUCAGGUGUGGUAUGAUGAUCCAGAGAGCAUUUCAUUGAAGGCUGCCUACGUAGGACAGCGGAGUUUAAGAGGGAUUGGCAUGUGGAACGGCGAUCUCCUUGACUACACAGAUGACCCUGUUGCCCGACAGCAAAGUGCUGAAAUGUGGAAUGCUCUCAUCCAAAAACAUAGUGACUGUCUCCUAUGAGCUUUAACUGUCUGUCCUAUUCAAUAGAACGGUUUUCCCCAGAUCUAAUGAGACUUGAUUUCAGUGGGGUUUUUUAAUUUGUCAUUAAAAGUAAGACAUUCCCACCAUCUAAACAACUUGAUGCAAAUUUUUGCACAUUAAAAAAAAAAAAAUGUACACAGACUGGUAUGAUCUUGCUGCUUGGAGUAAAAAUUUUGGGUUUAAAAGAUAUUGAUUCAAUUGUGAAGGACUAAAAACUAAACAGCAGACAUACUGUAUACUUGUGCUCAUUUAAAUAUUGCUUCCCCCCCCCCCCCCCCCCCCCAAAAAAAAAAAAUUCCCUUUCAGAAGGGGGGUUGUUUUACAGUCAGUUGAAUAAAGUUUAAGAGUUCACUCAAAUUUAAUUGAGCUACCAGUGUACUAAUAAACAUGCGAUCCAUUUUAUGUUUAGGAAGUUGCUGAAGUGAGUGUAAAUGUUAGCUAAGGUCAGCAGAGCUGGUGACAGGCCUAUCAUAUGAGCACUAAUCCAGAAAGUUUUAGUUCUGCUUUUGGGGCUUGAACCUCCUGUGGGAGCCUGAUUUCUCAACUAAAACAAGCGGAACAGAAACUACUUACAUACAGGGACAAAUCUGUAUGUAGCUAAUGUGCCAUUUACGUACCUUAAUUUCUGUGCAAGUUUCAUUUUUGGAGUAGCGAGUUUUCUUCAGGUUACUCAUCUGGAUUAUCAGAACAUUGUGUAUAAGUAUAUUUGUACUUUAGUAUAAAUGGUUGUGAUUUUAUAGAAAGUCUUGCAUGCUGAUUGGUUGAGAGACCUGGAUUACUUCUUAAUCAUCCUCUCCAGCGACUGGGCAAACUAGUGGCCAAGUGCUUUAUCACUAAGUAAGGAAGAAUUAGAAAUUAUGAAGAAACACAGAGGGCCUUGGACCCUGGAUGAAGUGGAGAUUGUGUAAAGAGGAAUGGUUGCAGAUACCCUACUCUGCAUCUCCAACCUUAUAAAAUGUUCUCAGAGACUCAGUGCUGUCUUACUGGCAAAGGGAGGUUGUACAAAGUAUUAAAAGCAGGGGAUGCCAAUUACAGUGGCAUGUUAAUUUUCUUGAUGCAUUUUUCUCUGAAUAAAUUUUUCAAUUCAA